AUGAUGAAGUUUAAGCUAAUAUCAUGGAAUGUUAGGGGAUUAAACGAUAGGGAGAAGAGAAGGGUUGUACAUAGUUUGUUGUCUAGAUGGAGAGCAGAUAUAGUUUGUCUCCAAGAAACAAAAAUUGAAGGGGAUAUUUCAGAGAUGAUAAAGCAGAUUUGGGGAGGCAGGUGGAUUAGAUAUGCCUGUCUAGAAGCAAGUGGAACAAGAGGAGGUAUCUUAUUGAUGUGGGAUGCGAGGGCAUGGAUGGGGGAGGUCUUGGAAAUUGGUUCUUACACAAUUACUUGUAAGUUUGAAUCACAAACCCAGAAUUUUAGCUGCCAUAUAUCUGGAGUGUAUGCUCCUAACUGUUACAAGGAAAGGAAACUUGUAUGGGAAGAAUUGAGCUCAGUAAGGGGGCUGAUGGAGGGACCCUGGGCAAUGUGUGGGGACUUCAAUGUAUCUAGGUACAUAUCUGAGAAGAAGAACUGCAACAGAAGAACUAAGGGAAUGAGAGAGUUUUCUGAUUUCAUAGAGGACAUGGAAUUAGUUGACAUGCAAUUAGAAGAUGCUGCAUACAGACCAACAGGAGGCAGCCUCCUGAAUUGA